AUUUAGAAGUAGCAGCUAUUUUGACACUUCAAGGCAUAUCAUGAGGAGUUGCUUCCUCCUGCUUUUUGGGGGGAUGCUUGCCUUUUUUAUGGUAUUAACAGAGUACAUCCUUGUUUCAGUAAUAAGUGCAGUAACAAUGAAAGAGUAACUGUCUCUGCUUCUAACUUAAAUCCUUCAGGUAAAUUUAAAGAAAGUUGAAUUUAAUGCUUUUCAAUGGAAAGAUAUUCCGAGCAAAAUGUCUAGAGACUACCCUGCAGCUAGCCAAAAGUAUGGCCAAAAAGGGGAAAAUAUGCUCAUUUUUGGUUUUUUAUAAUCAUUAGAUGACGAUAAUGGAAGGUUUUUCCUAAAGUCUUUUGUUUUGUUUUUUUAGUUCUUGGAAUGUACAGCUGGAAUUGGUUCGACUUAUUUCUUCUUUCAAACCUCUUAUAGCCAUUACUAAGGUUACAAACAUAAUCAGUAUGAUCAUUAAGAGCCCUCUUCUUUCCCCACUGCCUUCUCAGAAUUUAACCAUACCAGAAAGCAUGCAACUUGCUGUGGGGAAUGUUUUGGGAGCUGUUUUUGAUGGUCAAAAUGAUGAGAAUGGGAGUGCUUCUAAUGCUCAAAUUACCCAAAUUACAAAAAUGCCCCUGGUUUUGCCUGUUGAGGCAUCCAUCUUUGCUCUUUUCUUGAUUGUCUUGCUCGGUGCCUUCUAUGUUGUCCAUAGUGUUUGGGUUGCAGCAGAGGCGUAUUCGGCUCCUUCAAUUGUGCUUACAUCUCAUUCCCAUGAUGGACUUCAUGUUUUUGAUGAUUUCAAAGAGGCCUAUGCAUGGUUAAGCCAUAACACAGAAGUAGAUGACAAGGUAAGCUUCUAUUAUUUCAAAAUUUAA